AAAGUCGUCUGCCUUUAAAUGCAGCAGCCUUUAAAUGUUGCGAUUUUUUCGUUGUUCUCAAAAGCAUAAAUUAUAUUCUAUUAACUAUUAGAUAGCUAUCCAUAAUCCUCACAAAUCAUCAAAAAAUGGGGAGCCUAGCUCCUAUAUCCUAGGUGCUAGGACAAAAAAACGAAAAUGAGCUCUAAACUGUAAUUUUGAUGUUCCACAAAUCAUGUGAUUUUUCAUAAUAAAAAUCAUUUUACGAAUAAAUUUUUUAUUGUGAGUCAUAGAAGAUUAAUCAGGGGUAAUAUUUCUGCAAAUACAUUUUGGUUGAGAUGACACAAUUUUUGUGGGUGGCAAAAAUUUGCAAAUAUCACCCUGCAUCAGCCUUUAAAUCUUAAUGUCGUGUGCCUUUUAAUCCUAUCUUUUGAACGAAUCGCGAAAAUUAAAAAGAAGAAGAAGAAGAAGAAUCCCAUCUGGCAACUCUAGCCCUUCUGUUCAUUUAUACAUAACCUCACAUUAGAAUUGAUUUCCUCAAGCUACAAAAGUGAUUCAUUUGGAGUAUAUUUUAUGAGUAUUCAGACUUUUCUCAAGAAGAUUUCAAAAAAGUAAACGAAAUGGAAAACCAGAGAAAAAAACAAAGUUUUGUCGAUGAAAAUCAGAUGAUGGCAGCUAUAAAAGAACUCUCUGAAAGGACGAUGACCCUUCAUGAAGCUUCAAUGUAUUAUGGGAUUUUAAAACCUACGCUAUAUUAUAGAUUUAAACAGGCUAAAAAGGAAAUGGAAAACAAUCGAGAACUGAUACUGCAUAUGGGAUUGAAGAAUUGUGACCACAACAAUAAGUUUGCUACUAAGCAAGUAUUAACUGUUUCACAAGAAAGAAUGCUUGUGGAGUAUUUACUAACAUGUGCAAGGAUGAAUUACGGGCUUACUUUGUCCACCACCCGAGAGCUGGCUUAUCAAUUUGCAAUUCGUGAAGGCCGGAUUAUCCCAGACAGUUGGUCAAGAGAUCAGAAAGCAGGCAGAGAGUGGGCAAGGUGUUUUUUGAAAAGACACAAGGAAAUUGCAUUACGCAAACCAGAGAACACUUCUCUACUAAGAAACGCAAGUUUCAAUAGAGAAAGUGUCUGUGUGUAUUUCAAGAAUUUGAAGGAUCUAAUGGACAAACAUGGUUUCAGACCUGAGCGCAUCUACAACCUGGAUGAAACAGGCCUUAACACAGUCAUGAGGCCACCGAAAGUUAUUGCCGGUAAAAAUAUCAAACAAGUUGGACUGUGCGUCUCCGGAGAGCGUGGCGAGACUGUGACCAUCGUGGGAAUUGUAAACGCGGCGGGAGAUUUUAUCCCGCCCGUAAUAAUUUUCCCACGUAAACGAUCUCAUCCAGAUUACUUGGACGGUUCCGUGGAAGGAGCCAUCUCCUUGUUUAACCAAAAAGGGUAUAUGGACACACAUUUAUUCCUCAAAACAUUGGAGCACAUUAAGGAUAAUGCCUGUGUGUCUAUGGAGAAUCCUAUUUUACUUAUAUUGGAUAACCAUUCCUCUCACCUCUCUUUGGAGGCGAUACGUUACUGUAGAGAGCAUGGAAUAUAUAUGCUGACCCUCCCGCCUCACACAAGUCACAAAACCCAGCCUCUUGAUCUCACCGUUUUUGGUCCGUUUAAAUCACACUGCGUAGCCGCCUUUGCCGAAUGGACCAGAGAAAAGGAAGGGAAUAGAAUCUCAGUGAAAAACAUUGCUCGUAUCUCAGCGAGGCCUUUUCUAAAAAGCUUUUCGCAGAGUAAUAUAAAAUCAGGCUUCAGAGCCGGGGGAAUUUGUCCACUAGAUAGCCAGAAAUUAUUCAAAUUCUUUGAAGAUAAAGAACCUUAUGCUGCAUCAACUAAUGCUCGAGUAGCAUCGAAUGAACCAGAUUUUGUUUCUACUGAUGAUGUUUUUGAGGCUCAAAUAGCUUUAAAUGAAAAUGAAUGGAAUUUCACGUUCUCAUGUGACGAUGCAAAUCGUCAAGAUAUUCCUACUGUAGCAGUUUCAUCCAAUGAUUCUAUUGACAGUCCUUCCAUCCUUCAAAGUGCAUCAAAUUCAUCUAUUUCAUUAUUUCCUCAAGCAGAAGAAAUAUGUCAUAAUAUGAACCCACUGAAAUCUCGAGAAGAGCUGAGAUCAAUGUCACCAGGAGAAGCUAAUACACCAUUAGAUCUCUCUAUGAGAUCAUCAAGUCCAUGUACCUCAUUCACUUCACAACUCCGUUUUGGUGGUUUGGAAAUUAUCAAGCCAUUGCCAAAUCCUCCUUUGCGACAUAGUUCUAAACGAACUAUGGUAUCAACUAUUGUCACGGGAUCACCAGAGCUGAAGCGCCGUGAGGAGAUGGAGAAGAAAAAGCGCACAAAGGAGGACAAUAAACAAAUGAAAAAUCUGACGAAGGGUAUCAAGCAGACAAUCAAUAAAAAUCAAAUUCCUAAUACAGAGAUGCUGCCAAAGAAGAGAGGACGGCCAAGGAAGCUGCCUCUUUCAGAAAUCCAAAUUUAAAAACAGGAAAUGCUAAUCUCAUAAAGAAGUAAAAAGGAUGAAAAAAAAACUCUUCAUUCUAAAAUCUUUAUAUUGAAUCUUAAAUGUAUCAUGACAGCUUCUCAGUAAAAUGUAAAAUCCUAUUUCAAUGAAGUUUUUGGAGAAUAAAAUUUGCAUUUUUUUCGAGGAAAAAUUUAUUCUAAGUCUCAAUGGCACCAUUUUUUGUUAUUGAUACUUUCGCCUAAGUUUUCCAUGCUGAGCAGAUUUUUUUUAAAAAAAACUUUAUAAACGAGCAUAAAAUUCACGCAAUGCGAAUAUUCCAAGCCCCAGAUAAAUCCACAGAAGGAUUUACUUCUUCUUGGACACACCGACAGUCCUUCCAUGACGUCCGGUGGUCUUGGUAAACCUCUCACACGAAGUCCCCAGUGGUGACGGAGACCACACUGGGCACAAAUUUUCUUGAGCCUCUUAAGAUCAUCCCGGAGCUUGGACUCCAGCACGGCUGAGAUGAGCUGGUAAUAUUUGCCAUCGGUGACAUCCUUCUACCUGUUCAGGAACCAGUCCGGAAUUUUGUAGAUACGUGGAUUCUAGAUAACAGCUAUCACACGCUCAACCUCUUCAUCGGUGCACUCUUCGGCACGUUUGGAUAGAUCCACGUCGGCCUUCUUUGAGGGAAAUAUUAGAUAACCUUGAUUGCAGUCAUAACAAUAGGCACCUUGCGAUUGUCAUCGAUAUUUUUGUUUAUAAAACGUCGGACUCACUCGGGUCCACAUAGUCAAAACGAAGUUCAUUUUGGGGUUGCAAUAUUCAAAAUUGACAUAUUCAAUGGCUUUCUUACAAAAUUUUCUCGUGAAAAACAGUGCUUCAGAAAAAUGUGAAGAAAAGUUAUUGUGUAAUGUCUCUUGACUGCAGUGAUGAUUUUAGUGAGUGCGUUAGGCUUCAACCUAAUCGUUUAUAGCCCAUUUAGUUUUAUUGAUUCAAUAUUCUCAGUGAAAAAAAAACAUUAAAAGGCAGCUGCAUCGCGUUGAAAGGCAGACGAUGCCAGCUGCCUUCAUACAAAUCGACAUCACUUUUUUAAUUUCCUCAGAAGGAAAAACUGAGGACUUGCAAGUGCUAAAUGAGGUAAGCAUAUACGCCGAAUGAACAAGAGAAUUUUUUGGUGUAGUAGAAAAUUAAAUCCAUUUUGUGGAUUCUUCAGAAAAAAA